UUUCGCCAUCAUUGUCGUCCUCCCUUGCUGCCCCUCGAACCUCCUUUGUGACCUCCCAUGGCGGUCGUCAGCCGCAUUGUGAGGUCCAGGCCGAGCUCAUUUUCUAGCUAUUACUACAUUUCUCGAACCUUCUCUUCUGCUAUAAGAGAAGAAACUGACCUCAAGGCAGCUUCUCUGCUUGGUCAGGAUAAGCCUCUGCCGCUGCGGCGAGAACCUAGGGGCGGGAGUGUUCAGUGGGUUUUUCUUGGCUGUCCCGGCGUUGGUAAAGGAACCUACGCCUCUCGGCUCUCCAAUCUUCUAGAUGUUCCUCAUAUUGCUACCGGCGAUCUCGUCCGCGAGGAGCUUUCUUCCUCUGGACCUCUCGCCUCUCAGCUUACAGAGAUUGUUAACCAAGGGAAACUGGUAUCUGAUGAAAUUAUAAUAAAUUUACUGUCAAAGCGUCUUGAAGCUGGUGAAGCGAAGGGUGAAUCAGGAUUUAUCCUUGAUGGUUUCCCUCGUACCAUAAGACAAGCUGAAAUAUUAGAGGGAGUCACAAACAUUGACUUGGUGAUUAAUUUAAAGCUUCGGGAGGAAGCAUUGCUUGCAAAAUGCCUUGGAAGACGGAUUUGUAGUGAUUGUGGAGGAAACUAUAAUGUUGCGUGUAUUGACAUCAAAGAUGGGAAUGGGAGCCCUGGUAUAUAUAUGGCGCCACUUCUCCCCCCUCCCCAUUGUGCUUCAAAGCUUAUCACUCGAUCUGAUGACACAGAAGUUGUUGUCAAGGAACGACUCCGUAUAUAUAAUGAGAUGAGUCAACCAGUAGAAGAGUUCUAUCGCAUUCGUGGAAAGUUACUAGAGUUUGAGCUUCCCGGAGGAAUUCCAGAAUCGUGGCCGAAGCUACUUCAGGCUCUGAAUCUUGAAGACCACGAGGACAAACAGUCUGCAGCAGCAUGAGGUCUUGAUAUAUCAUCACUCAUAUGAUAGGUCAUUCUUUGAGCAUGCGAGACAUGCGUGCGUAAAGUAUUAUGUCGAAAAAGAAAGGAGAACAACAUAAAUGUGCUAUAAAUAGCAGUAAGCUAGGUAUGAAUAAGCUUUUCUCUGGGGGUUCGGGGGGUGUAAAAUGGAUUGGCAUUGGUUGGGGAGCAAGGAGGUAUGAUAUUGUUGGUAAUGUUAUUGGGUACUUUUGCACUUUGGCCAUAUAGUAUUGACAAUGAAUGUUAUUUGGCAUU